AUGGAAGAAAAAUACGAGGGAGUUGCCAUUGGAAUUGACCUUGGCACGACUUACUCAUGUGUUGGAGUAUGGCAUGAACAAAACGAUCGUGUAGAAAUUAUACACAAUGAUCAAGGAAACAGAACCACUCCUUCUUGUGUUGCUUUUACCAAUUCUCAAAGAUUGAUUGGCGAUGCUGCCAAAAAUCAAGCUGCUACUAAUCCAUCCAAUACUAUUUUUGAUACAAAGAGGUUAAUUGGAAGGAAAUAUAGUGAUUCCAUUGUUCAGAAGGAUUGUCUUUUGUGGCCCUUUAAGGUCAUUGCCGGUACUAAUGACAAACCGACAAUCGUUGUGAACUACAAAGGUGAGGAAAAACGCUUUGUUGCUGAAGAAAUAUCAUCUGUGAUUCUCUCAAAGAUGCGAGAGAUUGCAGAGGCUUUUCUGCAGACACCUGUUAAGAAUGCAGUGAUUUCUGUGCCUGCUUAUUUUAAUGAUUCCCAACGAAGAGCCACUAAAGAUGCAGGUGCAAUUGCUGGUCUCAAUGUCAUGCAGAUAAUCAAUGAACCGACUGCGGCAGCUCUUGCGUAUGGCCUUCAAAAGAGAGCUAAUUGUGUUGAUAAAAGAAAUAUUUUUAUCUUUGACCUUGGCGGUGGAACUUUUGAUGUGUCUAUUCUCACAGUUAAGAACAAUGUCUUCGAAGUCAAGGCCACUGCCGGAGACACUCACCUAGGAGGCCAAGACUUUGAUAACAUAAUGGUGGAUCACUUUGUUAAGGAGUUCAGGAACAAGUACAAAGAGGAUAUUAGUGAGAAUUCAAAAGCCUUAAGGAGGUUGAGAACUGCUUGUGAAAAGGCAAAAAGGACACUUUCAUAUGACACUGAUGCCACAAUUGAACUAGAUGCUAUAUAUAAAGGUAUUGACUUCUGUUCCUCAAUAACCCGGGCCAAGUUUGAGGAAAUGAAUAUGAACCUCUUUGAAAAGUGUAUGAAUACUGUUAAUAUUUGUCUUGCUGAUGCUAAGAUGGACAAGAAUAGUGUAGAUGAUGUUGUCCUUGUUGGUGGUUCUUCUAGGAUUCCUAAAGUGAGACAGCUAUUACAGGAGGUUUUCAAGGGGAAGGAAUUAUGUAAGAGCAUCAACCCUGAUGAGGCUGUUGCUUAUGGUGCUGUUGUCCAAGCUGCUUUGUUGAGUGAAGGCAGUAAGAAUGUUCCAAACUUGGUGUUACGAGAUGUUACACCGUUGUCGUUUGGUGUAUCAGAGCUAGGAAAUCUCAUGAGUGUUAUGAUUCCUCGGAACACUUCCAUUCCUGUUACUGUCGAAAAGACAAAAACAUACUAUGAGUGUUAUGAUUACUAUAACAAAUACAGUGUCACGGUUAAGGUGUACCAGGGUGAGAGAAUUACAGCUUAUGAUAACAAGUUGCUCGGUUUGUUUAAUUUCUCUGUUCCUCCUAUCAAAGGUCAACUUACACCUCGAGGCCAUCUUAUCCAUUUAUCCUUUUCAAUAGAUGUUGAUGGUAUAUUAAAUGUCUCGGCAAAGGAAGAAACAAGUGGUUAUAAGAAAGGUAUUGCAAUGACGAAUCAAUACUGUAGACUAUCGACUCAAGAAAUUGCGAGAAUGAUUCAAGAAGCUGAAAUUUUCAAGGCUCAAGACAUGGAGUUCAAGAAGAAAGUUACAGCAAUAAAUGCAUUGGACGAUUAUCUUCACAAUGCGAGGAAAUUAAUGAAGGAUGAUGGUGUUGGUUCAAAGCUCACCCCUGUCGACAAAGAGAAGAUUAAUUCAGCAAUGAUAAAGGGAGAAAGUUUGAUCGAUGGUAACCAGCAGGAAGAUAUGUCUGUUUUUGUAGACUUGCUAAAGGAGCUUGAGAGCAUCUUUGAAUCUUCUAAGAACAAGAUUAACAAAGGCUACUCUGAUGAGGAAAGUGAUUGGGUUCUAGUUGAUGACUUUUUAGUUAUUUCAUUUGAUUAG